UCCAGACGAUCCAAAUUCUGUAUCAAAGAGAAAGGUGGCUGGUGCUGUUGGCAUAAAUGAUGCAACCACAACCCAUGACGCCCUCCUGCGCGAUGUUCUACAGGUCACCCUCAGCCAUGUCGCCACCAUCCAAAAGCAAAUUCAAGCGACAAAGCCGGAUAUUCUCCCAGGUCUUGUACCGGACACUAAGCUAUAGGGACCGCAGCUCGGUGGCCACUUAUUCAGGGGCGAGCAAGGAGGACCCAUCGGAACUGUCCACCCAGGUCUCAGCCCCUGGGGUUCUCAAGAUCUUUGGAUGCCACAUCUGCGUGGGCACUCACUACAAGAGUGUCUUGGCGACUGCGAGCUCAAGUGCCCAAGAACUCUUGAAAGAAGCUCUUGAGCGGUAUGGACUCAGCAGAGUAGAUGUGGGCCAUUAUGUUCUCUGCGAUGUUGUUGGGAAGUUUGCUGGCUCGGAAAACCAGUGGAAGAUGGAAGGUUUGAGAAUCCUUCGGGACAAUGAGAAACCUCUUUUGAUCCAGGACCUUUGGAAGCCCCGAGAAGGUUUCUCUCGGAGAUUUGAGCUUCGGAAGAGAUCUGAAGUGGAGGAGCUGACAGCCAAGGACAAAGAUACCAUCACAGCAGGUGAGGAACAGAAGAUCUUUUGGGAAGAUGAUACUGCUGUCUACAACACUGAGAUUCAGCCUGUACGAUAUCGAAUUAACGCCCAGGCCCGGAAGCUCCAGCGUAACCGGACCAAAGGCACUAUGACCCUCUUGACGGCUUGCCACUCUUCGCCCCCCAGCCUUAGGCGCACCGUCAGCGAAACCAGCCUCAGCCAGGCAGGCCCACCAGAGGACCAGAAAGAGGAGGGCCCCCUUCGGCGGCACUACUCCACGCUGCCAGAGACCCUCCGGUGUCUGGAGGGGGUGCCGGACGGGCGGGCGGCUCCCGCUGAAGAGCCCAACGGAGGCAACAGCCUGAGACUCUCGCUCUACCAGUCCCCGCAUCUUCUGCUCCUGCAGGGGUACAGCCAGCAGCAUGACAGUCUGGUGUACCUGCUGAACCGCGAACAGCACACAGUUGGCCAAAGGACCCAAGCCAGCAAGCCGAGCAUUAGCCUUUCGGCUCCGGACAUCCUUCCUCUCCACUGCACCAUCCGGCGGGUGAAGCUGCCCAGCCGUUCUCACCACCGCUCCGAGGAGAAGCUCAUCUUGGAACCCAUCCCGGGCGCUGGGGUCUCCGUCAACUUCUCCGAGGUGGGAAGAACGGUCGUGCUCCGUCCUGGCGAUCUCAUCUCCCUUGGCCUCUCCUACCUGUUCCUCUAUAAGGACCCUCUCAAAACUCAGCUGCUGCCCACUCAGACCCUGGUGAGGCUGAAAGCCAUGCGUCGGGCUUCUGAACCCGAGCUGUCGUCAACCUGCAAGAUGUGUGGCAGCCACUUCAAAGACAAGGCCUCCUCUUCCAAGAAGCAGGAGGGCCAGCCCCCCUCUGGCCGGAAGGGUGGCCGGAGGAAGCUGCAACUGGAAUUUGACAAGGCCAAUGAAGAUCUCUUGCUGAGAAGAAUCAUCACGCUCAUCGAACCCACAGGAGAUGACCACAAGUUGGCACCAGCCUUUUUACUGUGUCUCUGCAUCCAGCACUCUGCCACCCACUUUGGGCUGGGAGACUUUGGGCAACUGCUUCUCAAGUCAACCAAAAUGAUCCAGAAGAGUGUGUGGGAGAAAACAAACGAGCUUGCAGAAAAGCAGUCAUUACACCAGGAUCCAGUGUCGCUUUCCCGGUUUACCAUCACAGACCUUCUGCCCGACCUUCAGCAUGUGCUAUUCUGGAUGUCCAACUCCAUCGAAAUCCUGUAUUUCAUUCAGCAGAAAUCCCCCGUUUACAUCCAGAACAUGGAAGAGGAGCUGGACAUCAAAGGUUCCAAGGAAUCUCUCUUCUCCUUGACCAUCACAGCCAGCGAGGAAGCCAUGACGGUUCUGGAGGAAGUUAUCAUGUACACCUUUCAGCAGUGCGUUUACUACAUCUCCAAGUCUCUGUAUGUGGCUUUGCCUCCUUUGUUGGAGUGUGACCCCUUCCAAAGUGAAGGCCGGGACAGUUGGCUCUCCUCACCCCUGGUGCCUGAAGAAAUCCGCAAAGUGGUGCUGAUUUACCAAGCUGCCCUGGACCUCCUCCGUCAGUACAAUGUCCACCCUGAAGUCACCUCCCAGAUGUUUGCCUACCUCUUCUUCUUCUCCAACACCCUCCUCUUCAACCAGCUCAUGGAAAAAGGUUCUUCUCUGGGCUGUUUCCACUGGUCAAAAGGUGUCAGGAUCCGGACCACCCUGCGUCUUCUCCUGGAAUGGGCCCAGAGUGUGGGCUUUGGGCCAUUGGCAGACCAGUUCUUCAGCAAGCUCUCCAGCAUUGCAAGCUUGUUAGCUAUGCCAAAUUCUCAGCUGCUGCAGAUGACCUGGCCAGUCUUGAGAAGUGAGUUUCCUGCCUUGAACGCAGCACAGCUCAAUCACGUCCUGACCCAGUACCAGGCUUCAUCUGCCAUGGGGUGCAUUCCUGCUUGGCAACCCAGCAACAAUGAUGCUCUUGCAGCUGUGAGGACAGAUGAUAUCAUGGAGUCUUUUGAUAACCAUCCCCCUAUCAUGCUGCCCACCGGAGGGUUCAAGGUGGACCUGGAGACUGAUCAGCUUGAUGACAACGUCUACCGGCAUCUCCUCUACAUCCGCCAUUUCCUGUGGAGCCUACGCAGCAAAAGCCCCCACUCUAGUGACUCUCUGGAAGCAGAACCCCCAAAGACUGAAACGGUCAGCUGCCAAAUGACACCCCCAGGGGAGUCCGAGACAAUAGUUGGGUCGGUGGGGAGCGCCUUUGACUGGACGGAUGGCAGGCGGACGAUGAGCUGUGAGAAUCCAAAGAUGGAGGGGAACAUCUCCCUGGUCUCUGGUACCAACGGAUCCAUCCCAGAUUACGGGACUUGUGAGACACAGCUACCGAAAACUCUCCAACAGCAACAUCUUGAGGGAACUAAGGGAAAGAACGGGACCAAGGCCGUCACGAUGUCCAUCGAUUCCUCUUGUUUGCUGACCCCACCCAAUACACCCCUGAUCUCUGACUCCACUGGUCUUGAAUCGCCCCCAGAAACGGCUCCUAGGAAGGACAUCCCAGACCCUCGGAGAAAUGGACUGAACGGCACCCAAGCUGCAACCCAGGAAGGAUCUUCUCCCACACCCUAUGACUUUCCUACGCCUGCUUCUUCGAGUCGCAGCUCAGCCACGGAUGAUUUCUGCUACGUCUUUGUGGUGGAGCUGGAAAAGGGGCCCAUCGGCUUGGGAAUGGGACUGAUUGAUGGCUUGCAUACCCCUUUAAGUUCUCCUGGGAUCUACAUUCGGACUUUGAUCCAAGACAGCCCAGCGGCCGCAGAUGGCAGACUCUCCAUUGGGGACCGCAUCCUUGCCGUCAACGGCACAAGCCUCAUUGGCUCCGAUUAUCAGAGCGCUGUAGACCUCAUCCGAUCUGGGGGAAAGAAACUGUGUUUCCUGGUAGCCAAGUCCGAUCUGGAGGUUGCCAAGAAGAUCAGCUAUAGUUCUUCUCCUUCUCCAUAAAAACUGGUCACAAGCGCCCUUCUGUACUCAUCGACUGUUGAACGUGUUGCAAGGGUAACAGAGUAAGCUGGUAGGAGCAGCAGUUGCCACACCUGGGAAGUUCAAAAUGUUGCCUGGAGUUGCAAUUGGUCAAUAGGGGUGUGUGUGGGGAGGGGGACACAGUGCCAUGGUCUUCUGAGAUCCAGAGGUUUUCCACUAAGUGCCCCAGCAUCAAUUGCAAAGCAUUUUUCAAGAGGACAGAAACACUGAUCUUCUAGCAACUACCAGGUACUGGGGUUUGGAACAAGCCAAGCCCACCUCCGCUUCGUUUUACAGCGACGAAUUCAGUCUGUGUCACACAGUCCUUUAACACAAAGCUUGCACUGACCUCAAAUGGUCAUUCUGGACCUGCUCCUGCAAAGAAGUUCAUUGGUUACAGAUAUCUUGGUUGGCCCUCUGGACCAACCUGUGUUUGUUGCAACUACUGGUCAAAUGAAUGGACUUUAAGGGUACAGUAUUGGGUUGGUGGGUUUCCAUCACACCUGACUGGGAAGCCCUGGAGCUUUCAACUUUGCCACGAGUCUUGCUUUUCCCCUAAUGGUCUCUGCAUUCAGCUCAGAAUGGUCUUUGUCUGGAACCAGCUGCCUGCUGUGGGGUGUGGAAAUCAAAUCAGGACAUUUUAACUAGGUUUGGGAAAUAAUAAUUGCAUGCCGGUAACCAAAGAUGGAUGCUUUAUUAAAAAAAACACACCCCUCCCUUGUUAAGGAACAAGAGUACGCUGCUGUGUACAUAAGGGAAGGUGGGCUAUUAAAAAAAAAAAAAGGGUGGUUCUCUCUUGCAAAUGCGGCCAGCUCACAUGCAGGAUUUCCACCUUUGGGUCAUUCAUGUGAUAAAUUGAAAACAAUAUCGGGUAUAGCUCUGGAAAGGAACGUUACAGGAAUGCCUGGUCAUGAUUAGAGGGUCAGAUGAAGACACCUUCCGGGUGAUCAUUCUUAGCUUAGCCUACCUCAGAGGGUUUUUCAGUAGAGCUGUCAUAUCUGGGCUGCAACCAGCCAGAUGAACACUAGAUGGCAGCAGAUACCCAGAACACACAAAAUCUCUGCUGCCAUCCAGUGGCUGUCCAGAGAUGCAGCAGUCAAGAAAACCAUCUGAUGUCUGCCUGUACAGAACUCUUAAAGGGGCAGUGCCUCUAUCCAUUAGCAUAACCCACCAUUAGAAGACUGUCUGUUCUACUCCGGCCAAGACAUUCCAUUUUGGGACUUCUGGCAGACAGAACUCACUUAUGAGCUUCGCCAGAGUCUGAAAGACCAGCGGCCAACGCCUAGGCAGGUGAUGACAUUCAAGUAUGACUAGACUCAAAUUCAAAUAUUUUCCUCUUAGGAACAUCAGAUGGUUUGAAUUGCUGAGGACCGACAGCCAAGAGGAUUGCUCAGCUCUUCCAACCAUCACUGGAUGCCAAGAGCAACAAUCCGUGAGCUGCAACUUUGUCAAGGCCAUGCUGCCCUCUGGUGGGCUGCUCAGUCCCACUGCAAUCAGAAGGGGAGGACAGAGGAGGAUUUCCAGCCCAAAGACAGAUGGGAUUUGUGGCCAGUAGCUGUGCUGCAAAAAUAACUCCUCAAAUAAAGUGGAUUUUCAUUCCUUAGCUACCUAAUACCUUCCCUCCCAUCUGCCACAGACUGCAGGAAAGUAGACAAUUAAGAUCAUGGUAUCCUGUUUCCUCCCCAGUUCCUGUAAACCCAACAGUUCGAAAACUCACAUGAGUAGAUAAAUGGGUACUCUCACU